AUGGAGCUGCUGCGCACCAUCGCCCACCCGCCGGCCGCGGGCGCCAAGGCCAGCGAGCAGCCGGGCAAGGCCGGCGGCGGGGACCCGAGGCGCCGGCGGCCGCCGCCCGCCGAGGAGCCGCCGCCCCGCGCGCAGGAGCCGCCGGCCGCCCCGCCGCAGCCCCGCCACCACGCGGGCGCCGAGGUGUCGCGGGUCGUCGUGGACCCCACGACGGGGCGGCGCUACUGCCGCGGCCGGGUGCUGGGCAAGGGCGGCUUUGCCAAGUGUUACGAGAUGACAGACCUGACGAACAACAAGGUCUACGCCGCGAAAAUCAUCCCGCACAGCAGGGUCGCUAAGCCUCACCAGAGGGAGAAGAUCGACAAGGAGAUCGAGCUGCACAGGCUUCUGCACCACAAGCACGUCGUCCAGUUCUACCACCACUUCGAGGACAAAGAGAACAUCUACAUCCUGCUGGAGUACUGCAGCCGGCGGUCCAUGGCUCACAUCUUGAAAGCAAGAAAGGUGCUGACGGAGCCAGAAGUCCGAUACUACCUCAGGCAGAUUGUGUCGGGGCUGAAGUACCUUCACGAACAGGAAAUCUUGCACCGGGAUCUCAAACUGGGGAACUUUUUCAUCAAUGAGGCCAUGGAGCUGAAAGUUGGGGACUUCGGUUUGGCAGCCAGGUUGGAGCCCUUGGAGCACAGGAGGAGAACAAUAUGCGGCACCCCAAAUUAUCUCUCCCCUGAAGUCCUCAACAAGCAGGGACAUGGCUGCGAGUCAGACAUCUGGGCGUUAGGCUGUGUAAUGUACACAAUGCUGCUGGGGAGACCCCCAUUCGAAACGACAAACCUGAAGGAAACGUACAGGUGCAUAAGGGAAGCCAGGUACUCCCUGCCGUCGUCCCUGCUGGGCCCGGCCAAGCACUUGAUAGCCAGCAUGUUGUCCAGGAACCCAGAGGACCGGCCCAGCUUGGAUGACAUCAUCCGACAUGAGUUUUUUUUGCAGGGCUUCACCCCAGACAGACUGUCUUCCAGCUGCUGCCACACGGCCCCGGACUUCCACCUGUCCAGCCCAGCCAAGAACUUCUUCAAGAAAGCCGCCGCUGCUCUUUUUGGUGGCAAAAAAGACAAAGCAAGAUAUAUUGACACACACAAUAGAGUGUCUAAAGAAGAUGAUGAAAUUUACAAGCUUAGGCAUGAUUUGAAAAAGGCUUCCAUAACGCAGCAACCCAACAAACCCAGGACAGAUGAGGAGCUCCCGCCCCCUCCCGCUGCAGUGGCUGGAUCUGGACCGGCCGCGGCGGAGAGCAGGCAGCAGAUGGGAGAUGCGAUCCGGAUGAUCGUCAGAGGGACGCUUGGCAGCUGCAGCAGCAGCAGUGAGUGCCUUGAAGACAGCACCAUGGGGAGUGUGGCGGACACGGUGGCCAGGGUGCUUCGUGGGUGUCUGGAGAACAUGCCAGAAGCCGACGGCAUUCCCAAGGAGCAGCUGAGCACGUCCUUCCAGUGGGUCACCAAGUGGGUGGAUUACUCGAACAAGUACGGCUUCGGAUACCAGCUCUCGGACCACACCGUGGGUGUGCUGUUCAACAACGGGGCGCACAUGAGCCUCCUUCCCGACAGAAAGACUGUGCACUACUACGCAGAGCUCGGCCAGUGCUCCGUCCUCACGGCGACCGACGCCCCGGAGCAGUUCGUCGGCCAAGUGACGGUGCUGAAGUACUUCUCCCACUACAUGGAGGAGAACCUCAUGGACGGUGGAGAUCUGCCCAGUGUCACUGACAUUCGAAGACCUCGGCUCUACCUCCUUCAGUGGCUGAAAUCUGAUAAGGCCUUGAUGAUGCUUUUCAAUGACGGCACCUUCCAGGUGAAUUUCUACCACGACCACACGAAAAUAAUCAUCUGUAGCCAAAACGAGGAAUACCUGCUCACGUACAUCAACGAGGACAGGAUUUCCACCACGUUCCGACUGACGACGCUGCUGCUGUCGGGCUGCUCGUCAGAACUGAAGCAGCGGAUGGAGUACGCCCUGAACAUGCUCCUGCAGAGGUGCAACUAGCGGCUCCGAGCGGGCCGGACCUCGCCUGUGCGCUGUGCGGGCGCGCUGAGGACGGGCAGUGGUGGUACGAAGACCGUCCCCCCGGCAGCUGGACUCCCGGGGACGCCGUGCUUGACCUGGACCGUGCGAGGGAGCCAGAGUGCGGUUUUACCUGCCGCACCUGUUCGAGAAGGUGUUCCGGACAAUUUCACAGAAAGGUGCAUUGACUCGUAACUUCUCUCUGUUGAGAGCACUUCGGACCGAGGACUUGGAACUGUGAACACGCUCCCUGAAGGGGAGGGAGAAGGGAGGAAGCUCCCGUGUCCUUUACAAGCUGUAACUGGAGCAGCUUUUGGCUGCUUAACUGUGAACUAUGGCCAUAUAUAAUUUUUUUGGUUAAUUUUUGGAGAAACUUGUGGCUGGAAAAGUGCAUUCCUGUUAAUAAACUUUUUAUUUA